GGCACUGUUUCAAGAAAAAUAUUCAACACUCGGGACAGCACAGUGGACAGCAUUCCUUAUGAUCAUGACGAGAAUAAAUAUCAAAGACGAGGAGCCAUAGACUGGUUUACAAGGUGGUUCUGGUGAGUUUUAAAUCCAUCAUGAUUACAAGUUAUUACAGCCAACCAUUUAAUGUCAGCACGAUCUAGUGUUCUUACACGUUCGUAUUUUGAGCGAGUUUUUUAGCUCCUCGACGUAACGUGUCAAAAUAAAUGAUUGAUUGACUGAUGGAAGUAGUUUGCCUUCAAGUCUCCUCUUUGAAGACAAUAGAGAAGGUACAAACUUUGAAUGCAGUGAUUUCUGGGAUCAUGGGUGUAUAGUGAUGAUCUGUUGUUGGUAUUCAAGGAAACCAUUAACUAGUCAUAAGUAUAACGUUUCGGUCCACUCAAAUGAUCCCAGAAAAUCGGUGGGCCGUAAUCAUGUACCCAUUACCCUAAAAGUUCGUGGAUUGGGGAAUACAUCUUACAGGCACUUAUAUUUCGCUCUUAUGAUCUAAGUUUCUUCAAAGUAUGUCAACUUAUGCAGGUUACCUGUGCACAGGCUCUUUGAAUAAAAUUAUUAGAUAUUUUAUUGUCGGGCCUAGAUGAGAAGUAGAUACCUUGCGAUGCUUUUCCUUGUGGAUUAUCGUUGUGUAGUUAAAACCAUUUCAGUCAUAAUGUAAUACUGGCCAAAGGGAACCAGUCGCGAAAAGUGAUGAAAAAAAAUAGUUUUGUGCAAACGCUCUGCUAAAGAGAUGUCAUUUGAAUGGUAACACCACAGGAUUUUGUCAACAGAUAUUAAAUUAUUUUGGGUGAGAAAUAAUCUUGCCAUUGCUUCGUCUAGGGGUGAGAAGGUUCAUCGGAGUCGAUUGUUUUAAGAGCAGGAAUUUAUCAUGUUCAUUUGAUUCUAAUUAAAUAGUUUAACCUCUUUAUUUUUCUAUUUUCAGGUCUCGGAGAACUCGAAAGCCGGGUCCGGAGGAUCCAAAUGCGUCAUUAAAACGUACCACUAUUAUAUUAAUCAUCCUUAUCCUCGGUUUCACCACUCUUGUGGUACUGUUCACACGAGUUGGGCGCGGAAUAGCUGAUAAAGACCCAUUUCUCGACCCUAUGGCGAAUCCCAACAUAAGAGUCGGAGACGCCAAUAUUAAAAGCGCAUAG